CGCGCAGAACGUAAGUUCCCUGAGAGGGUAUACGCAGAGUGAUCGCAAGUCAAGAGUGAAUUUCCUGUGUAAUCUGUUGAAGUGGCAUACGCAACCGGAAAGAUGCCUGAGGAGCAGCAGAAUGUGGAGACUUUCGCUUUCCAGGCGGAGAUCGCCCAAUUGAUGUCUCUUAUCAUCAACACUUUUUACUCAAACAAGGAGAUCUUUCUUCGAGAAUUGGUUUCUAAUGCAUCCGAUGCUCUCGAUAAGAUCCGUUAUGAAUCACUUACGGACGCCUCGAAAUUGGAGGCGCAGAAGGAGCUAUACAUCAAGCUCAUUCCUGACUCUGAGAACAAAACUCUUACCAUCAUCGACACCGGUAUCGGAAUGACUAAGGCCGAUCUUAUUAACAACCUUGGCACGAUCGCGAAAUCCGGAACCAAAGCUUUUAUGGAGGCUCUCCAGGCUGGCGCCGAUAUCUCGAUGAUCGGUCAAUUUGGUGUAGGUUUCUACUCAGCCUACCUCGUUGCCGAUAAAGUGACGGUGACCUCGAAACACAAUGAUGACGAACAAUAUACGUGGGAGUCAUCGGCAGGAGGAUCUUUUACGAUUCGUACGGAUAACACUGAGCCUCUCGGCCGUGGAACGAAAAUCGUCCUUCACUUGAAAGAAGACCAAGCCGAAUACUGCGAGGAGCGCCGCAUCAAGGAGGUUAUCAAGAAACACUCGCAGUUUAUUGGGUACCCGAUCAAGCUCCUUGUCCAGAAGGAACGUCAAAAGGAAGUGUCCGAUGAUGAGGCCGAGGAAGACGACAAGAAGGAGCAGAAAGAAAAAAAAGAUGACGAUAUUGAGGACGCCGGUGAAGAUGAGGAUGCCGACAAGGAGGCUGGUGACAAGAAAAAGAAAAAAACUAUCAAAGAAAAGUAUACGGAAGAUGAAGAGCUAAACAAAACUAAACCAAUUUGGAUGCGAAAUGUUGAUGAUAUUUCUCAGGAGGAAUACGGCGAGUUUUAUAAAUCGCUCACCAAUGACUGGGAGGACCAUCUAGCAGUGAAGCACUUCUCUGUCGAAGGACAGCUCGAGUUUCGUGCACUGCUGUUCGUUCCUAAACGAGCUCCCUUCGAUCUCUUCGAGAACAAGAAGCAAAAGAAUAACAUUAAGUUGUACGUACGACGUGUUUUCAUUAUGGAGAAUUGUGAUGAGCUGAUUCCCGAAUAUCUGAACUUCAUGAGAGGUGUUGUAGACUCCGAAGACCUCCCUCUUAAUAUUUCACGUGAAAUGCUCCAGCAGAAUAAGAUCCUAAAAGUUAUACGUAAAAAUCUGGUUAAAAAAUGCCUUGAGCUCUUCGAAUCUAUCGCUGAGGAUAAGGAGAUGUACAAAAAGUUCUACGAGCAGUUUUCCAAGAACAUGAAGCUGGGAAUCCACGAGGACUCGCAGAACCGCAAGAAGCUUGCUGAUCUUCUAAGGUACUACACUUCUGCCUCUGGUGAUGAAAUGUGCUCUAUCAAAGAUUACGUAAGUCGCAUGAAGGAUAACCAGAAGCAUAUUUACUUCAUCUCCGGCGAGUCCCGUGAAGCUGUGGCGAACUCCGCGUUUGUUGAGCGUGUGAAGAAGCGCGGCUUUGAAGUGAUUUACAUGAUCGAGCCGAUUGAUGAGUACUGCAUCCAGCAGCUCAAGGAGUACGACGGAAAGCAGCUCGUGUCGGUUACAAAGGAAGGACUAGAACUCCCUGAGGAUGAAGAGGAGAAAAAGAUGUUUGAAGCAAAUAUCAAGAAAUUCGAGGGUCUCUGUAAAAUCAUUAAGGACAUUCUGGACAAGAAGGUAGAGAAGGUGGUAGUUUCGAACCGCUUGGUCAGUUCCCCAUGCUGUAUUGUUACUUCACAGUAUGGGUGGUCAGCAAAUAUGGAGCGUAUUAUGAAGGCGCAAGCUCUGCGUGAUUCCUCUACCAUGGGCUACAUGGCAGCGAAGAAGCACCUCGAAAUCAACCCCGAUCAUCCAAUCAUUGAGCAGCUUCGAGUAAAGGCUGAAGCUGACCGCAACGACAAAUCUGUCAAGGAUCUCGUGCAUCUUCUCUUCGAGACUGCGUUAUUGUGCUCAGGCUUCAACCUCGAUGAACCUGGACAACAUGCCGGGCGCAUCUACCGUAUGAUCAAGCUUGGACUUGGUAUCGAUGACGACGGUUCCGAAAUUGAUGAUGAGACUGUUGAGGGACCGCCCGCGUUGGAGCCUACUACCGAGGACGCUCAGCGCAUGGAGGAGGUAGAUUAGUUAUCCCGGCCUAGUUACUCCGCCCAGUUAUGAUGCUAUACGAUCGGAAAGAAUUACAGUGAACUUCAGUUGUAAAUUGAUUCAUUAGUUAAAGCUUUCGUUCCUUGUAAGUAAGCCCCCGUAAGGCAUACCUGUACGAGUUGCGCCUAUUAAUUCAAUAAACUCGUUAUCCUGUACAGAUAAAAUCAAGUUUGUUA